UCCCAUCCCAUCCCCUCGACCUUCAACCAUCGCCACUUCCACCGCCACCCCUCCUCCUCCACCAUGGCCCCCCGCAAUCUGACCGACGGGGAUACCACCCCCAAACACCCCAAGAAGCUGAUCUACGCACUCCUCCGAUCCAAUACAUCCACCCCGGACUCGACCACCGAAAAAGAAAUCGUCUCCCACCCCUCCCGCGCCCACCAAUUCAUCAGCAACCCGCCCCUCACCAUCUCGCAAAUGCACCCCACCAACCCGCUACACCAGUUCCACGCCUGGUUCCGCGACCCCCGUCUACUGCCGUCCUCCGCACCGGAGACCUGCACGCUGGCAACAGCAAGCCUGCCCUCCGGCCGUGUCAGCGCGCGCGUCGUGUACCUGAAAGAGCUCGACGAGAGGGGCUGGACGGUCUACAGCAACUGGGGAAGCCGGGAGGGGAAAGGGGGACAGGUUUUCGGAUACGGCGACACAGGUGCCGAGAACGGGGAUGGUGGGAUCCAAGCCAUGCCGGAGCCCUACGGCCUUGAUCCCGAUGGCGGUAUCCCAGUCGGAGACGAACCCCUACAAGACACAAUCAGCCAAUCCCAAGGCAACAAAUGGGCAGCGCUAACAUUCCUCUGGCCGACGCUGGAACGACAAGUCCGCAUCGAGGGGCUCGUCGAACCCCUCAGCCGCUCCGAAAGCUCCCUGUACUGGCAAACCCGCGAACGCGGCAGCCAGAUCGGCGCGUGGGCCAGCUGGCAAAGCAAAGUGCUCUGGUCGCUGGAGCCCGAGACGCUGAUCGAUCGGCGCCGCAAGAGCCUCGAUCCCACCUCUUGUCCGGUUGUACCCCGGGAUGUGGACGAGACGGAUAUCGAGGAUGGGAGGGCCCUCCUGGAGCAGAGGGUCAAGGAGCUGGAGGUGAGGUUCAAAGAUGUGGAGAAUAUCCCCCUCCCGCCGUUUUGGGGCGGCGUGAGACUGGUGCCGGAGUCGGUGGAGUUUUGGCAGGGCAGGAAGAGUAGGUUGCAUGAUCGGUUUAGGUAUGUUAGGGUUAGUGGGGGUGGUAAAGAGGAGGAGGAGGAGGGGUAUAGAUGGAGGGUGCAGAGGCUUUCGCCAUAA